GAUCUUGCACCACCGAACCCUCCUGAAAAGAAAAAAAAAACUGGCUUGUUACUUUUUUUUUUUUUUUUAAACAAACUAAUGAGUAAUUUUAUUAAUAGUUUGAUAACUGGAUUCUCCAACAUUCUUACUGUUGGACCUGAAGGUGCCAAAGAAGAAGGUUCAUGUGGUAAUGGAGAUAGUUGUUGUAAAGAUCAACCUGCCAAAAAGGAGGAAAGUGGCUGUCAAAGCGAUGCCUGUUGUUCCACACCUACUCAAGUCAAGAAGGAAAAGACUGGCUGUUGUUCCGAUAACAAAGAAGAAAACUCCAGCGGCGGAUGUUGCAAGACCGAAGUAAAGAAAGAUGAAGUUGCCGCUGGUGGUUGUUGCAGUGGCAAGGAGGAGGCAUGUGCUUGUGAGGGAGAGCAAGGUCCUGUUGUCAUCGAAAAUUUGAAAAUUAUCUUCUCUACAUUGACAGGAACUGCUAAAACAAUGGCAAGUGAAAUUGAAAAGAAGGUUAAAGAUAAUACACGAGUUACUGUCAACAAGAUCGAUAUUAUGGAUAUCACCGAAUACGAUAACGACAAUUUAUUGCAAGAGACAGCUGUAUGUAUCUUUAUUUUAUCUACUUACAAUGUUGAAGGUCCUUUAGAUUGGUUCUCUAACUGGCUUCAUGAUCUUCGUUAUGAUUUCCGUGUGGAUCGUGACGCUUUAAAGAAGUUGCGCUAUGCUGUUUGUGGUUUAGGUGAUUCUGCUUAUGGUGAUGAAUUCAACCUUGCUGCUGCCAAUAUCGAUAAAUGGUUAGGUAGAUUGGGUGCUACUCGUAUUUAUCCUUUGGGUGAAUGUGAUAAAAAUGCUGAUCAAAAGGGUCAAUUUGAUACCUGGUCCAAUGGAUUUGUAUCCGAACUCGAAGAUAAGCAUAGUUUGGAAUUCUCCCCUACAGAUAUCUCUUACCAGUCCGACGAAGAAGAAGAUGAGGCAUCAGGCGAGGAAGCAGAUAUUGAUGUGGAUGGUGGAUCUGGUGAUGAAAUGGUCGAUCUUGAGGAUAUGGGUAACAUGGCCACCAAGAUUAAGGCUGCCAAAGCCAAGCGUGCUGAAGAAGAGGAGGAUUUCGAAAACAGUAAAGCCAAGGCGAAGCGUAUGAUUGGUGUUGAUGACAAUAAGCCUAGAGAAAGAGCUGUUGCUCCUCAAGCUCGCGAAAUGGUUUCUCCCAUGAUCCUCAAAAACUUGACAAAGCAGGGUUACAAGGUCAUUGGUUCUCAUUCCGGUGUUAAAAUUUGUAGAUGGACCAAAUCUGCAUUGCGUGGUCGUGGUUUCUGUUAUAAGCAUGCUUUCUACGGUAUCCAAAGUCAUUUAUGUAUGGAAACAACUCCCUCUUUGGCCUGUGCUAAUAAGUGUGUCUUCUGUUGGAGACAUCACACAAAUCCUGUUGGAACCACCUGGAGAUGGAAAGUUGAUGACCCUCAGUUUAUUUUGGACGGUGCCAUGGAAAACCAUUACAAGAUGAUUAAGCAGUUGAAGGGUGUUCCCGGUGUGAAAGCCGAACGUUUCCAAGAAGCUUUUACUAUUAGACAUUGUGCUCUUUCCCUUGUCGGUGAGCCCAUUUUCUAUCCUCAUAUCAAUGAUUUUGUUACCAUGUUGCACAAGAAGAGAAUUUCUUCUUUCCUUGUCACCAACGCCCAAUUUCCUGACAAGAUUGCUGAAAUGGUACCCGUCACUCAACUCUAUGUCAGUGUGGAUGCCGCCACCAAGGAUACAUUAAAGAAGAUUGAUCGACCUCUUUUUAGAGAUUUCUGGGAGAGAUUCUUGAACUGUUUGGAACAAUUAGCAUUGAAGGGACAACGUACUGUUUAUCGUAUGACUUUAGUUAAGGGUCACAACACUGCUGAAAUUGAUGGAUAUGUGGAAUUAAUUCGUCGUGGCCAACCUUCAUUUAUUGAAGUCAAGGGUGUCACCUAUUGUGGUUACAGUGGUGCUAGUGAUUUGACUAUGGCCAAUGUUCCUUUCCAUGUUGAAGUUAUUGAUUUCUGUCAAAAGUUGGUUGCCAAAUUAGAUGGUGAUUAUGAAAUUUCUGCUGAACAUGCUCACUCUUGUUCCAUCUUGAUUGCUCACAAGAAUUUCAAGGUGAACGGUGAAUGGCACACUCAUAUCGAUUACAACAAAUUCUUUGAACUUGUCGAAUCUGGUAAGCCUUUCAACAGUUUGGACUAUAUGGCCAAGACCCCGGAUUGGGCUGUUCAUGGUCAUGAAGCUGCUGGUUUUGAUCCCGAUGAGACUCGUUUCUAUCGUAAGAACAGAAAGACUGUUGAGGCACCCUCUAAUCCUGAUAUCAAUGCUUAAAUCUAUUUUUUCUCUAUCGUACUUCCAUCUUUCAUAUAUGUAUAUCAUUCUAUUGUCUUUUUUUUUAUUAUUACUUUUUUUUAUAUAUAUAAAGGAUUAAAGAUUAUGUUUUUUUCUAUAUUAUUCUAAAU